GAGGUCAGCAGGAAGUCGAUACGUGGCCGCCGCCUGUCCCCGCCGAGGAGGCGCAGGAGCCGGAGAUGGCGGCGGUGCUGAACGCUGAGCGACUCGAGGUCUCCGUCGACGGCCUCACGCUGAGCCCGGACCCGGAGGAGCGGCCCGGUGCAGAGGGCGCCCCGCUGCUGCCGCCGCCGCUGCCGCCGCCCUCGCCUCCCGGGGCCGGCCGGGGCCCUGGCGCAGCCGGGAAGCAACCGGAGCCCGGGGAGGCGGCGGCUGGGGGCGCGGCGGAGGAGGCGCGGUGGCUGGAGCAGCGCUGGGGCUUCGGCCUGGAGGAGCUGUACGGCCUGGCGCUGCGCUUCUUCAAAGAAAAAGAUGGCAAAGCAUUUCAUCCAACUUAUGAAGAAAAACUGAAGCUUGUGGCCCUGCAUAAGCAGGUUCUCUUGGGCCCAUACAACCCAGACACGUGUCCUGAGGUUGGCUUCUUCGACGUGCUGGGGAAUGACAGGAGGAGAGAGUGGGCAGCCCUGGGGAACAUGUCUAAAGAGGACGCCAUGGUGGAGUUUGUCAAGCUUCUAACGAGGUGCUGCCAUCUCUUCUCAACGUACGUUGCGUCCCACAAAAUAGAGAAGGAAGAGCAAGAAAAAAAAAGGAAGGAGGAGGAGGAGCGGAGGCGGCGUGAAGAGGAAGAGCGAGAGCGCCUGCAGAAGGAGGAGGAGAGACGCCGGAGGGAAGAGGAGGAGAGGCUCCGGCGGGAGGAGGAGGAGAGGCGGCGGCUGGAGGAGGAGAGGCUGCGGCUGGAGCAGCAGAAGCAGCAGAUAAUGGCAGCCCUGAACUCGCAGACGGCCGUGCAGUUCCAGCAGUACGCAGCCCAGCAGUACCCGGGGAACUACGAGCAGCAGCAGAUCCUCAUCCGCCAGCUGCAGGAGCAGCACUACCAGCAGUACAUGCAGCAGCUGUACCAGGUCCAGCUCGCACAGCAGCAGGCAGCGUUGCAGAAGCAACAGGAAGUAGCAGUGGCUGGGGCUGCUUUGCCGACGUCGUCGAAAGCGAACGCCACUGCACCGAGCGAUGUGAUGCCGGUUAACGGACAGGCCCGCCCGCACACGGACAGCCCCGACAAGGAGCCGGAGCCCGAAGCUGCAGAGGAAGCCCUGGAGAACGGACCAAAAGAAUCUCUUCCGGUAGUAGCAGCUCCGUCCAUGUGGACGCGGCCCCAGAUCAAAGACUUUAAAGAGAAGAUUCGGCAGGACGCGGACUCCGUGAUUACGGUGGGCCGAGGAGAAGUGGUCACUGUCCGAGUUCCCACCCACGAAGAAGGGUCCUACCUCUUCUGGGAGUUCGCCACAGACAGCUAUGACAUUGGGUUCGGGGUGUAUUUUGAAUGGACAGACUCCCCCAACACUGCCGUCAGCGUGCACGUCAGCGAGUCCAGCGACGACGAGGAGGAGGAGGAAGAAAACGUCAGUAGUGAAGAGAAAGCCAAAAAGAACGCCAGCAAGCCUCUGCUGGAUGAGAUCGUGCCUGUGUACCGGCGGGACUGUCACGAAGAAGUGUACGCGGGCAGCCACCAAUAUCCAGGGAGAGGGGUCUAUCUCCUCAAGUUUGACAACUCCUACUCUUUGUGGAGGUCAAAAUCAGUCUACUACAGAGUCUAUUACACUAGAUAAAGAUGUUACUGCAGUCUGGCGUCUCGGGUUGGGCAGAAGACGGCAUUUAAUCUGGAAGUUUCUUUUGACUUUGGUGGAGCAUGGCGGUCAGUGUGUACCUGCUGGUUGUGGUCUGAUAGUUUGUGAACUCUCGUUGGGAACCAGGCUUUCCUUGAGACUCUUGAGCAUUAAUCCUUUGGGGUUAAAGGGAUUCCUCAGACUCAUCCAGUCCUGGGUGCUGACCGGCAGAGUCACUAGUGGACACUGAAGCAAAAUGAGCUACAUGUCAAAUCUUUCAAGUCUCCAAAAUAAACAUCCCAAGGUCGGCCCCAGCUGGCUAGUGGUUAGUCCGUGGCUCCCUGCUUGCUGUGUUUAGGAGAGCUCACAGUUCCAGGGCCCUAUCUCGUUUGAAAACCCGAUGUUACAGUCCACAUGAGGUGCAGCUGACCCUGAAGAUCCCCAUUUUUUUAAACUCAAAAACUUGAAACCUCAUGGAUUAUCAUAGGGGGGAAAAAUUGCCUCGAUUUAAUCUGGUCGUGAAUGACCCAGAUUGUUUUUUGCUUUGGGUUACAGCUAUUUAGUUCAGAGUUAUGUUACAGAGAGUUAUUUCCUGAGAUCAUCCUAAAACAGAACGUCCAAACCGGGCCGAAGUGUCGCUGUGCGUGGAACACCACAGACACCGUGGAAGCAAGCCUCCACGAGCCCGCGGUCCUUUUCUCUCCAUCUGGUGUUGAUGCCACCGCUAGCAAAGCAAAAUCCACUCACUUGUGUCUCGAUUUGGCUUCACGGAGCAUCUCAAAUUGAAAGUGUUUUCUACACAAGCAUAUAGUUAGGGAUUUUGUAAACUCAAAUUGCCACCUACUGGAUAAAAGUAUACAAAACCAUCUAAAUAGAACUCAGUGUGUGAAGAGUAACAUCGCACUAAUACGGCAAUCACUGCCAGAGAAGGUCCAUUUUUGAUGUUACCCCUUAGACACCGGCCCUGCACGGUUCCCGUCCGGAAUUGCUUCCUGGAGAGGAUCGGGAGUGCGCAUGCCCAUGCUUAAAUUUUUUAUAGCUUUAAUCUGUAUUAAGUCUUUAUCGAGGGGAGGAGGUACACUUUUGUUUUCUUUACUGAAAACAGAUAAUGGGUUAAUUAAUUGCCUCAAACACGUAUAAGUGAUUGACUAGCCUAGAGAUUCUUGUUUUCAGAAGGGAGCGUAGUCCAGAUAGAACACAGAUGACAAAGAUGGCAAUACACACGUAUGUCGUUACUCUAUGUUGUUACUGAAAUACUUCGAUUUUCCAAGUUUCCAAUCAUCACUUCUCGUAGGAGGGUUUUCACUGAUUAGCUGCAGUCUCUACAGUUCACUGCUUCAGGAAGGGGCUGUUCGUUUUGCGUGCUGCGUUUCUGUUUUUUAAUACCUGGUUUUGUACAUGCCUAACCGUUCUCUCUCGUUUAGAAACUGGAUUGUUUUUCCUAAGAAGUGCUUAAUCUGUGUUUUGUUUUGUUUUUUUAAUUUUGGUUCCGUAGUCUCAGCUCACGGGUGUCCGCACUGUUACAGCGGAGCACUGUCGGGCUGUCCCUCGGUGAAACCACGGGGCUCGGCACCUCCUGGCUUUUUUUUUUUUAAAUACUGUAUUUAAAAUGUAAAAUAAACUUUUAAAAAGCAGGCACUAAUAUAUAUUUCUCCCAGCCUUUGAUUACAGACCUAUCCUUGCACAUGUUAAGAUGAAUUACCUUCUAAAAAUACCCUUGUUUUUGGGAGCGGUGUUCGUCACGUCACGUGGCAGUGGUUCCUGUCGCGCGGCCACGUCAGAAUGUUCCGGGUUCAAACUUUCAUGCUGCCUUUGGCUGUUGACUAGCACAGUUCAAACUCGAUUUCAAAAGGAUCUUGAAGAUAAUAUAUUUAAUCAAUUAAAAUGUUGAUCUGUAA